AUGUCGAAAUGCAAACAAGGGUACACAAAGUUCGACCGCCAUGUGUGCUUGCCGCUGACUGGCGAGAACUGCACGGAACACAAAGAGUGUGCUGUCUACAAUUCGAACUGUGUUAACAAUAAGUGUCAAUGCUUGGAGACCUUCGUUCCGCAGACCCAGUCCAAAUGUGUAGCGACUAGCAUCGACGUUACUUGUUACAGUAUAAACGAUUGUCAUGCAAUAAAUACGCAUUGUUCAAGGUUUAAUCUCUGCACUUGUAAUCGAAACUACAUUUCGAUGGGCAAUACAUGUGUUAAAAUCCUAGGGGGUCACUGUCAGUACAGCGCAAACUGCGUAACUCCUAAUUCUGAGUGCAUUGACAAUAAGUGCCAAUGCAAACCUAAUUUUAUUCGAGGGCCUUACAAUGAGUGUUUAUCAAAAUUAUUAGGCCGGUCUUGCGAAACGGAUUAUGAUUGUCAAUACAUAUCCAAUGCAAUUUGCAUUGACAAGAUUUGUGUGUGCAAGCCCGACACAUUUGCAUUGACCUCGUCAGCCUGUACCCACUUGUUGAACACCUAUUGCUCGUCUUCCGCCGAUUGCGACGUCGAAGCGUCGCACUGCUUUGAGAAUAAGUGUCAAUGCCAGCCUGAUUGGGUGGCACUGACUGAUAUGAUGUGUGUAAGACGUUCUGCAUUGUUUCAUUGCAAAAAAACAAUUGAGUGUGGCGAGCUCUGGCAUUCAAGGUGUUAUCAGAACAAAUGUGUCUGCAACUCAAAGCAUAUUGCCGUCAAUAAACUGACUUGCUUGCCGGUUCUGGAUGGAAACUGCUGGAGAGAUGAUCAAUGCAUGACGGAAAAUUCUCACUGCCAUAACUAUAGGUGUCAAUGCAAGCUUGGCUUUGUUUCUGUGGCUAUAAACAUGUGUGUCAUGACUUAAGAAUAAUUUUAUUUGUUGU